AUGAUGAUCUCUAUCAAGAAUUGUAUUCUGAAAUUUUGUUUAUCCUUAGUGUUAUGUUUAUUGUUUUAUGAAAAAAAUUCUGUAUAUAUUAAUUCUCAAUUUGAAUGGAUCAAAUAUGAUACAAUUGAUGAAAUAAUGGAACGAAUUAAUUUCGUAAAUAGUGGAAAUUGUUUUCAAAAGCAACCAAGUGAACUACUAUUACCAGAAGAAAGUGUGUUUCAAAAACCAUCAAUUGAGAUGUUAAAAAAAGAUAUCAUAAUGAGAAAUCGAACGCAAUUGUUACAUGUGAGAAAUAUUGCUCAUCGUAAUGCCUUAUUGUACAGUUAUUUAUUUCAACGUUUAUUUGAUUUUGAUGAACCCGGUCUAACCUAUAUAUUAUUACACAAUGUAGCUGAUGUUACAGGUGGUUUAAGUUUAAUUAAUGGCAGUGGAAUUUUCUUCGAUCAGAAUAAAUAUUAUCCACACUGGUAUAAAAAUUAUUUUAACAAAACUAUACCAUAUUUUGGUCCUUAUGCAUGGCGUGCAGAUGAUUUCUAUGAUGCAUUCAAUUGGAAAAAUGAAUGGACAAAUCAAACAAUUCAAGAAGAAGAUAUCGGAGCGGGUAAAAAUCGUCAAUAUACAAGCCGAUAUACUCGAGGAAAUGAAUGGUAUAGUAAAUGGUUACCGGAUCAAACAAGAAAUGACCAAGGAAGAGGCAAACCGGUUCACACCGUUCAGCUUUAUUUGGCUGAGCGCAUGUAUAAAUUGCGUGAUGUACCUGAAAAUAUUGAAUUUUAUGGUCCACCACAUCCCGAAGAUCCACAAGGUCCAACAAUUUGGACCAAACCCUAUUUUGAUUGUGGUCGUUCAAAUAAAUGGAUAAUAAGCGCUGUAUCACCUAUCGUCGAUAUUUAUCCCAGGCAUACAGAGUAUCGUCAUUUACAAGCCAUGCAAAAUUUAGGUGUGGCAGUGACUGAUGUUGAUUUUAUCAUGUUAGAUAUUAAUCAGUGUGAACAAAAUUCAAUGGGAAAUACUCAAUCAAAUGAUCCACAAUCAAAAUCGCCAAAUAUGUUUGCUGGAACAGAUAAAUGUAAAGAAACAACACGUUGUGAACCAUUGUUUGGAUUUGGUUUUCGUCGUGGUGGCUAUCAAUGUUUAUGUAAACCGGGACAUAGAUAUCCUCCAUAUCAAGAUGGACCGUUUAAAGGUUAUGUAAUUGAAAAAGCAACAGAAGAAGAAUAUGCAAAUAAUUUCGAUUGUUUAAGAGUCGAUUUGUACCAACAACUUCCAUUUAAUGUUUUUGAUUCAAAUGUUGAAAUUCAUGCAUCAAAUGCAAGACGUCGUCGUUCGAUAAACGAUACAACCACGAUGCAUAUUCCUCAAUUAUCAACUUACAAUGAUGACGAUAUACGUAACAUAGUGGAUCCAACAACAACGACAGAACCAUUUAAUUAUUUAAAUCAGACAAAGAUGUCCGCCAUCUCUGAUUCAUUAUUCCAAAUUAAUCCAUUAAAAAUGUUAUUGUCUGCACCAACAUAUUCAACUUCCUUAUUAAAAUCUUCUUUAUUACAAUUAGUUGACAUAUCUGGUAAAUUAGUGACUGGUUAUGAUGACAACGAUCAACUAUCGAAUGAAAACGAGAAUAUGAAAAAACAUCGUUCAAAACGUUAUGCCUAUGAGCGUACUCCACGUGUCGCAAGUAUAUUUCAAUUAUAUGAUGCACUUCAACGUGAUCCAAAUUUAUGUGAAAAAAUGACCGAAGAUCAAUUAACAUUGCCCGGUGACGUGUUAUAUGAUAUUGAUGCACAAUUUGAAUCACAAGCUCGUCUAGCAUUAACAUUGUCACAUUUUCUUUCAAGUUUUUAUCAAGUUGUUAAUCCAGCUGAAGAUUUUCCACUACGACAAGCUGAAUUAGAAUUGACGGAUGAACAAUUGAUUGGUGAAGUAUUAGCAGCUGUCGGAGCCGACUAUAAACUACAAGGUGUUGGAAUAUUUUUUGAUCGUGGAAAAUUUAAAAAUCAUCAUCUUCCAUAUUUUGGACCGUAUGCUUAUCGAGCGGACAGUGAUGUUAGUCGAAAAUAUGUUGUAGUUGAUAGUGCUGGUUUGCCCGAUGGAUAUGAAAACGAAGUUUGGUUUAAAACAAUCAAAGCGCGUUGGGCAACAAAUGCUGAUCGUUCUGAAUUAAAAGAAUACUGGCUUAAAUUAUUAAUACGUAGUGAUUCUGUAGGAAAUGCAUUGGUUCAUCACGAAUCUGGAUUUCCAUUAUACUCUUACGCACCAGAGUUAAAACAUGGUCAGUGGUUUCCACCAGUGUUUCAAUGUAAUAGAAAUAAUACAAUACCACGUAGUUGGAUAGUUACUUAUGCUAUACCAUUUUUUGGACUUGAUGUUCUUAGUACUAGUCUUGAAUUUAAAGGUGUUGUUCGUGUUGAUGCAUAUCUUGGCUAUUUGGAUAUUAAUCAAUGUCAAAUGCCACACUAUGUACCUAAUGCAUUUAAAGGAAGUGAUCGAUGUGAUUAUCAAAGCACGGUGUGUGAACCAAUUUUAGGUCGUAAAUUUCUCUUGGGAAAAUAUAAAUGUCGUUGUCGACCGGGCUAUGAAUAUCCAUUUUUGGAUCAAAAUGAUUUUUUUAAUGGAGAUCAAAUGGAUAAAGAAUGGGAUACCAUGAUUAAUAAUAGUUCAAUGUGGAGCAGAUUUGAUCAAUUGAAAUGUCGUAUUGCUGUUGCCAGUUCAAUUUCGUCCGUCAAUGUAAUUUUAUUGACUUUAACCUUAUGGUUAACAUUAUUCGCUCGAAUGAAUUAA